CCGCCCGCCCCGGGGCCCCCUUGUUCUCCCGUCCGCGCCGCCGCCGCCAUGUUGGGUUUCGAGCCGCAGCGGAGCCGCCGCCGCCGCCGCGGCUGAGGGAGGCCGAGAGCGGAGCCCGCGCCGCGCCGCGCCGGGCGCCCGGGGCCGCCGCCGCCGCCUUCCCGGCCGGCCCCGCGAGCGAGCGAGCGAGCGAGCGCCGGGCCCCGCCGCGCCGAGCCGAGCCGCCGGCGCCUGAGGCGGCCGCCGCGCGUCAGCCAGCGCCAUGGCGGAGCAGACCUACUCGUGGGCCUAUUCCUUGGUGGAUUCCAGUCAAGUGUCUACAUUUCUGAUUUCCAUUCUGCUCAUAGUCUACGGUAGUUUCAGGUCCCUUAAUAUGGACUUUGAAAAUCAAGAUAAGGAGAAAGACAAUAACAGUUCUUCUGGGUCUUUCAAUGGCAACAGCACCAAUAAUAGUAUCCAGACUAUUGACUCUACCCAGGCGCUGUUCCUUCCCAUCGGAGCGUCUGUCUCUCUCCUAGUAAUGUUCUUCUUCUUCGACUCAGUUCAAGUAGUUUUUACAAUAUGCACAGCAGUUCUUGCAACAAUAGCUUUUGCUUUUCUUCUCCUCCCGAUGUGCCAGUAUUUAACGAGACCCUGUUCUCCUCAGAACAAGAUUUCCUUCGGCUGCUGUGGACGUUUCACUGCUGCUGAGUUGCUGUCGUUUUCUCUGUCUGUCAUGCUUGUCCUCAUCUGGGUUCUUACUGGCCACUGGCUUCUCAUGGAUGCCCUGGCCAUGGGUCUGUGUGUCGCCAUGAUCGCCUUCGUCCGCCUGCCCAGCCUCAAGGUCUCCUGUCUGCUCCUCUCAGGGCUUCUCAUCUACGACGUCUUUUGGGUGUUCUUCUCCGCCUACAUCUUCAACAGCAACGUCAUGGUGAAGGUGGCCACGCAGCCGGCCGACAACCCCCUGGACGUCCUCUCCCGGAAGCUCCACCUGGGGCCCAAUGUGGGGCGUGAUGUGCCUCGCCUGUCGCUGCCCGGAAAGCUGGUCUUCCCCAGCUCCACCGGCAGCCAUUUCUCCAUGCUGGGCAUCGGGGACAUCGUGAUGCCCGGCCUCCUGCUGUGCUUCGUCCUGCGCUACGACAACUACAAGAAGCAGGCCAGCGGCGACUCCUGCGGCGCCUCGGGCCCCGCCAACAUCUCGGGCCGCAUGCAGAAGGUCUCCUACUUCCACUGCACCCUCAUCGGAUACUUCGUAGGUCUGCUCACCGCGACGGUGGCGUCUCGCAUUCACCGAGCAGCCCAGCCUGCCCUCCUCUACCUGGUGCCGUUCACCUUGUUGCCGCUCCUCACGAUGGCCUACUUAAAGGGUGACCUCCGGCGGAUGUGGUCCGAGCCCUUCCACUCCAAGUCCAGCAGCUCCCGGUUCCUGGAAGUAUGAUGGAUCCCAGCCAAGAGCAGCCGGCCGAGUCCUUGGUGCCGACACAUGGUUUCAUUUCCGAGCUGGCCUGGUGCGCAGAGACGGGCCUGUUUGGGGACCUGCCGCGGGGCGGAAUUUGCAUUUGCAGGAGUGAGGCGCGGGAGCCCUGCCCGCCUGCCCGCCCCAGACUGUUAGGAGCGGAGCCCAGCGCCCCCGGGCCCGGCCCGGUCCUUGUGAACACUAAAGGCUGGGCAGCGCCAGACACCGCAGUUUCUCCCGUGAGCCUCGAGAACUUUGGGACCAGUUUCCUCUGGGGGACUCCGUGUCAGGACUGAGACAGAAGCUCUUCUGUCGUUAGAUUCUUCUUUCCUUUUUUUGGAUUUAUUAAAUAAUUCCUGUGGGGGUGAAGCGACUUCUUAAACCCACAGACACUGAGUGACUUCCUGCCACCUGCGCAUACGAGCUCCGUGUCAGGAGUCCAGCGUCCACCCGGACGUCGUCAGCCGCGGCCCAGGGCCGACUGUGCCGUCACCUGCGGGCCGCUGCGCCGUAGCAUGUAGAGCGGCUUCCGCGGUCCCCCGGGCCCGCCACUAUAGUAUUUGUACGAUAGACGCCCGGACUCCAAGGGACGCGCACUGGGUCUGGCCGCGCGGCCGACGAGGGGUGCGCCGCCAACACUCCAGGGCCCUUUGCGUUUUCCACCGGCUUCGCUCCCUCGCUGAGGUUUUAGUCGUUUCUUGAACCAGUGCAUGUAUUAUAGCGGCAGCUGGCUUCGUGCUUUCCGAUCAUAGUGAUGUACUCCCUGUAAAUACAUUUUUCUAUUUUCUA